CGUUCCUACCAAAACAAGGAAGUGACAUUAAUAACCGUGCGCUGUCGUCCCUUUUUAUAGCACCGAAGCCGUAAGAAGUGUGUCCCGCGCUCCAAUCAAGCGGCGCCCUCGCACGUAAGAGUAAUUUGAGCGAUUUACACAGCAUCGCGUGCGAGCGCGCCGCUUGUCGUGACAGCGGGACAGAUGCUUCUCAGGCAAAGGCUGGCCGCCUUCAGUGCGGGGAGCGUGGACGCGUCACGGCGCAUGCUCUCCUCCCGCUGUGGCCGGCGGACGAUGAGGAGAACGGCGCCUCGCUCCGCAACGCUCUGUGAGGAGGGGUGCUGAGGUCAUUGUGUCUGCAGGGGAUCUCAUGAUGGAGAAGGAAGAGGAGGGGGGGUCAAGUGGCAACAACCAUAAGGCUCAAGUCAUCCUGCACCUGCAGCCCCUCUUGCACGGGGGAAAUUAUGACAUUGCAGAUACAAGCAGCACAGUCUUGGCCAUCGAGACUCAACAUGACGACAGUAAAUCAGAGGGGGAGAAUGUGGAGUACGGCUAUCCUAUUACUUGCGGAGAAAGUCGAGCUGUUUUGCUCUUCAAGAAGUUUGUGUGUCCUGGAAUCAACGUUCGAUGCGUCAAAUUUAAUGACCAGCUUAUCAGUCCUAAGCAGUUUGUACACCUGGCAGGCAAAGCCACCCUGAAGGACUGGAAAAGGGCAAUCAGACUAGGCGGGGUUAUGCUCAGAAAAAUGAUGGACUCUGGCCAGAUUGACUUCUACCAGCAUGCCACGGUGUGCAGCAACACGUGCCGCAGCACGAAAUUUGACAUGCUGAUCAACAGCUCGCAGCUUCCUCUGGGCACGUCGGUGCCCAACCCGUCGUCUGUGGCUUUCGAGUCUCUCGGCGGGCAGGUGCCUCCCCUGACAGGAGAGUCUUUACAUGAUGCAGCUGACUUGGAGGAGUCGUUGGAUGAUAGAUUUGGCGGGGAGUGGAGCUCCGCGCACCUCACCACUGCCAAUGGACAUCCAAAGAGGAAGCGGAAUGACACACCCGAUGGCAUAUUAAGCCUGUGGAAGGGUGUGGCUGAGUGCGGGCUGAUGGGGGAGGUGCUGUCCGGUCUUCAAGCUCACUUAUUGACCGCUCUGAAAGGAGUGGAGGUUCGCAGCGAGAAGGCCGAGCUGCAGGAGACUGACGCCAUCAUCCUGAAUUCCCUGUGUGAGAUGUUUGGCCUUUUAGACUCAGUGAAGCAAGCGCUGGAGCAGCGGCGUAGCCAGAAGGAAGACGACGACGACGACGACGACGACGACGGUGUUUAUGGGCUGGAGGAGCUGUCAAAGGAGCGGAGAAAGCAGGCGUGCAUUAAAAGCACAUCCUACAAACACGCAUCCCCCAAGCACCUUCGACCCCAACGCCACCAGCCGUCCAAUAGCCAGCUGUCGCCCACCCUCAGCAACACCGUCAUCCAGCCUCUCUCACUCACGGGUUUACCUGAGCCGCCGUACACUCAUCCCAACAUCAACCCACAGCACGUCAGCCACUUCCCCACCUCCGGCGGGCCGCGAGCGGGGCACGUGAGGAGAGAGGAGAGGACACGGGCGCUCUGUGAGUCGGGUAAACAUGCGAGGGCCCGCAAGGCGGGACAAGAACUAACCUUUGAGAUGCAGCAGGAUCUUGAACAAAGGGCGUGCAAGCUUCAGGCUCAGUUAGGAAGUGAGAAGCUAGGUGAGGCAGAGCGCUUGCAUGGCUGUGAAAAGGUGGCUAUGGGGAGAAAAGGCUUAAAAAAACUGAAAACUAAAUGAGAGAGUGCCGCAGAAUGAAGUGGGACACGCUCCCAAAGUCAAUGGCAAUUUGUAAAAGAAUUAUUUUCGACUACUUUCAGAGUUAGUCUUUGGUGACGAUGUAUUCCCUCGUGGUAAAAAAUAGUUUGGGAUCGGUAGCAAAACGAAACAUUUCUUAUGAUAUUUGUAAUUGAGAAUACUUUUUUGGUGAGUUAUUGUAUAAUCAAGUGUUGAGGUUUAUAUGAUUCCAAUUUUUAAACACCUUCUGUCCAUCUCACUCAGGCUUAUAUUAAGGCAUAAUGUUGCUGCCCAAUAAUAAAAGGCAUGUAUCUCCAAGGUUUGUGUUUAUUUUGAUCUGGAAUUUAAAGAAAUGUUUUUUUUGGUUUUUUUUGUCUGAAAGUACAUAGCACACAACAUUUACAGAUGCAGAGUGCUUUUAAUAGGACAGCAACACGAUCUCUGCACAAGACACAAUUUACAGUAUAUAUUAUUGUAUCUAUAGUGUGUAUUACAAGAUAUUUUCAACUGUGAUUGAUCCAUAAGCUACUUUUAAUGAACAAAUGACUUCCCUGCUAAUUUACAAGUGUAGAAGAUGUAAAAGAUGGCAUUUAAUGUCCCGAAAUUACCCUGUAUAAGCAGUGAAGACAUUUCAAUAAAUCCCUUUAUGUUUCAA